AUGGAUCACAUAACCCAAGCAUCGUGGCCGACUCUUGGCGUCGCAUUGCUCGUCCUAGGCGCCUUUGGCCUCCUCACGAUCUUCAUCACCCUACACCUCGUCGCACCAAAGCCCCGCGCCGUCCUCCCCUCCGAGAGGACUUACCUGACCUCCUCCACCUCCGGCAAGCCCGUCGCAACCACCGCGCCCUGCUGGUUCGACCGCUGGUUCGCCGAGCGCCGCGUCUCCGAGACCAAUGCUCACCUGACCGACCCCCGCGACGUCCCCGACUCCGGCGCGACCAUCGAGCCCGCCGACGUGCGCGUCACCGUCGUCCUGCCGGCCUACAACGAGGCGGCCCGCAUCCUGCCCACCCUCGAGGAGGCCGUCGCCUACCUGGACGCCCACUUUGGCCAUCCCUCCUCCGACACCAAGCCCAUCCUCAGCCCGACCACCUCGCGCCGCCGCACCAAGAACGCCCCGUCUGAGGCCCUCUCCGGCUACGAGAUCAUCAUCGUCGACGACGGAAGCAGGGACAGCACCGUGGACGUCUGCCUCGAGUUCGCGCACAAGAACGGCCUGCACGAUGUCCUGCGCGUCAUCAAGCUCGAGCGCAACCGCGGCAAGGGCGGCGCCGUCACCCACGGCUUCCGUCACGCCCGCGGCGAGUACGUCCUCUUCGCCGACGCCGACGGCGCCACAAAGUUCAGCGACCUCGGCCGUCUGAUCCAGGGCUGCGAGGAGGUCGUCGACGGUUCGCACCGCGGCGUUGCUAUCGGCAGCCGCGCCCAUCUCGUCGGCAGCGAGGCCGUUGUGAAGCGUUCUGCCCUCCGCAACUUCCUGAUGCGCUCCUUCCACCUGGUCCUGAUGAUCCUCACCCCGCCCGCCACUUCGCGCCUCCGCGACACCCAGUGCGGCUUCAAGCUCUUCACCCGCGCCGCGCUCCCCCACAUCGUCCCGUAUAUGCACACCGAGGGCUGGAUCUUCGACAUUGAGAUGCUCCUGCUCGCCGAGUCCGCGCCCCCGGCCCCCGUCAUCGGAGAAGACGGCAGUGUUAUUGGCACCAGCCCUGGCAUCCACGUCGCCGAGGUGCCCGUCGACUGGCACGAGGUCCCCGGAAGCAAGCUCAGCGUCAUCUCGGACAGCAUCAAGAUGGCUAUUGGCCUGGCUGUGCUUCGAGGUAGCUGGAUGAUGGGAGUCUAUCGUCGGAGGUUGACGUAG